AUGGACAGAAGACUGUACGCUGCUGUUACGGGUGGCGAUGUGCAUGCUCUCACCAAGUUGAUCGAUAAAAGACAUGAAGAAAUCCCGUCAGGAGGCAAUAAACCCCUUAAUAUGGAUCGCUAUUACGCCCCUCUUAGUAUUCUCCACGAGUUAACGCCAGGAGGGAAUACGGCCCUUCAUUUGGCAGAAUAUUACGGCCAUCUACAAAUUGUUCAAAUGUUCCUCAAACUUUUCACCGACGAUAUGGAAUUGGGGGAUGAAGAAAGUGGUCAAUUUGUUUUAGCCCAAAAUUUACAAGGUAGUAUUACUAAUAAAGCCGGUCAAACUGCUUUGUUCAGAGCUGCAGAGGAAGGUCACGAGGAGAUUAUAUUGAAACUACUUCCUCUAAUGUCCUCUCAAUAUGACAGGAAAGCACGCGAUGGCCACACACCUCUCCACGUUGCUGUCUCCCACGGCCACAAAGAUCAAAAGCCAGACCUUCUUAUGGAAGGUGAUAAUUUUGGCAGGACGCCGCUGCACAGCCUUGCUUAUGUUAAAAACCCAUCAAAGAUUGCAAAACUACUUUUGGAGAAAGAUAUAUCUUUGUGUUAUAAGGUGGAUAGAAACCACCAGUCAGCGCUCCAUAUAGCAGUGAUAGAGGGGAAUGUGGAUUUAGUAAAAGAAAUAUUAACAUACGGCCGAGACUGCUUAGAAAUUGUUGAUGAGGAUGGGGGAAAUGUUCUUCACUUGGCGGCUGAGAAUGCAGUUCAAAUAUUUGAAAAAAUUUCGAGGCAACUCAAUUUUUUAAUGCUAUCAAUAAUCUCAAAGGAUCUCAUUAACAAUCUUGAUAAUCAUGGCAAAACCCCUUUAGACAUAGUGUUGGAGAAAAUGAGCCACGACCAAGGCCUUUUCUCUGGGAUAGGUACACAGUCUCUGAAUAUAGAAACUGACCAUCUGAAGACAGGAAGAUAUGAAUCUGCAAAUGUGCUUCAAGCUGAAGAACUGCAAAGAUGA